ACCACUUAUGGUAAAUUCCUGAUAUCAACAGAUAUGCUUGGAUAACGAAGGUGAAUAACUAAGUAAACGCAUUAUUAAUGUUGAGAAUUUUUAUGAGACAUGUCGAUGGAGAAGUAGGUCGAUUGUUCUUUGUCACCUGUUGAUAUAAAGUAUUCAUGAAUCCAAUGUAUAAAAUGCUUGAACAAUAGGUGACUAUCUGGGCCAGAAUGCAUUAAGGACACGCAACAGGACAUAUAGGGCUUGGAUGUUAAAAGUAGACAGUGUAACCUUUUCUGUUAAUCUAUUGGAAGGGAACAAGUCGAUGUCUCGCGACAGCUCUCGGCAUCGAUUUACGGCGUUUACCAGUCGCGUAUCUGUCAAUGACGUGUGGUCAUCGACAGGAAACCUGAACGCCAAGAACUCCUUUUAUUGCCGUCCCGUGUCACUCUUAAUCGAAGGAUUCACUGGUGACGAAAGACUUUCAAAAAUUGACCUACAUAUCCCGGUGUGAUACUUUUGGUCAAAUUCUAUGAUAUUCUGGAUUAUGUAUUUGAAGGAAAAGGAUUACAGUAAUAUCAUUGAUACUCAGUAUUUGUGAGUCUUCCUGGUAGGAAAUCCUGUUCGAUGGAAUAACCCCAACUGGGUAAUGGGAGACGAUUUAUUAUAACUCAUUAGGACCGCAAUAUCUUAAAAAUAGGAUAAAUUACGUCAGUAUGAGCGGGCAGACGUCAAUGACGAGACCAGUGUAUAGAUGUGCACUCAUAGGGAUACUGCAUUAGGUAUUCAAUAAUAUUCAUGAUGUUGAAGGACCUAGACGCAGACACCAUUGGUAUUUUAAGGGAAGGACUAUCUGUGAAGCUUAGACGAAGUUCGCCGCCUCACGAAAGAACAUUCCUGGGGUCACAGUCUUGAUUUGCGGAUUCCAUUCAUAAUCAUGAAGCCGAGGUGUCAACGUGAUACUGAUAAACUGUAUGUGCACAGUGCUACAAACUGACACUAACUGCUUUCACGUUCCAUCAACAAAGGACAUAGCGUCUGAAAUCAAGUUUUUUUAAAAGACAUCAUUUAAGUGUUAUAAUUUUGCAUUCAUUCUGAAGGAUACCAUCCAAAUCUAAGAUGAACCUUCCGAGACUUUUCGUUCUACUCGUCACUUUGUAUAGUCCAAUGGUUCUAGGCCAAGACUUGCCCAUCCCACCAGCCCCUGGUUUGAAUCUCCCUAAGCCAGUAUCGAGUCAAGACUUGCCCAUCCCACCAGCCCCGGGUUUGAAUAUCCCAGAGUCAGUACCGCUGCCGCCGAACGUCGGCCCUGGGGGCAUUCCUCUUCCUGUGGUACCAGGGGUCGGAGGAGGCCCUGUCAUACCAGGGAUACCAAUUCCAACCACGUUAGCUCCCGAGCUCGGAGGACAGGGAGGCAUUGGAGUGAAGAUUGGUCAUUUCAACUGCAAUCGGUCCCUCAUUGAGACUUGUAAGGACUCCCGAGUAGACAGAGGUGACGAUGCUGCGUGCUACUGCGAUGAGUUCUGUCGGAUUAUGAACGAUUGUUGUGAUGACUAUGAUCCUAAGAUCUACACCAAACUGGUUGAUCGGAGGAGGGAGGUGCUGCAAAAGUUGCAGUGCUCGGGCAUCAAUGAGGCAGGAGGCAAAAUUCCAAAUUAUCCAUUCGGAUAUCUCAUGAUGAACACGUGUCCUGAUGCUUACCCGAGGAAUAUGCUGAAGUACUUGUGUGAGACAGACGCCGAUAAAAAGGACGAGUUUCGGAUGUGGCCAGUGUCAAGUAAGUUAACUGGGAUAUUCUAUAAGAACAUUUACUGUAGCAUGUGUUGGGACGACACUGAAGUACUGCACUGGGCUGUGGAAGUCCAGUGCGAAAAAGACCCGAAAAAGAAAGAGAAACUUAAAGACAAUUUAGACAAGCUUAGUACGUUCACUAAAAAUAAAGGACGGUGCCCGGAUAAAGACAAUAAUGUAAUAAAUCUCAUGAGUUGUCGCAAGUUGACUGGUUUCUUGAAUCCUUUCAACUGCACUGGUAAGUCACACCAGAACUUACGUAACUGUACGAGAACUUACAUUAGCACUUGUAACGCCACCUGGCGGAAUACGGCGAUCGAAGAAGAGUGUAUCAGCCACACGUCACUUGCCGCAGUGACGUCAGAUACCAAGACACUUUACAAAAAUCACCAUUGUGGUAUUUGUAAUUAUAUCCCCAACGAAAAGUUGGAAUGUGUGGGUCGGACGCCGGGAAAGACACAGGCCAAGCUUGAAGGACUGGCGGUGCUUUUCGACGCGGAAAUAGAAUGUGAGGAAAAUGAAAUUUAUGACGUAUUCGCUCGAAGGUGCCGCCCCCUAUAUUGCCACGAAGGGCAAGAGUUGGAUACUGACAGGUGCUCUUGGUUGGAUACAAAUAGAACCAAUUGUCCCCUGGUCAUGUUGAGCGCAGAGGAGUACACCCUUUACAACAACGGGACGCUCUACCUCCAUGCGGCGGACACGUAUGUCAACGAGAGUAGCUACGACAUCUCAAACGGGACCUUACUCGUCUGCAGUGACCUACUCGAUACAAAGAAGGAAGAUCUGAUCACAGCUUCAGGGAUUGUGACUGUCAUCUCCUUGUCCAUCUCAAUAUGUGCCUUGUUCCUUCUCUUCAUGGUCUACCUGGUGUUACCAAAGCUUAGGAACGUCCCGGGGAAGAUUUUGAUGAGUCUCACAUUUGCCUUGUUUUGGGCGCAAAUCUUAUUCUUGGUUGGCAUUGAAAGGACUGAGAUUCCCGAACUAUGCAUAGCUUUCGCCAUGUUGAUUCAUUACUUCUUCUUGGCAGCCUUUGCUUGGAUGACAAUGAUGGCAACGGACAUGGCCUUAACCUUCCGACCUAUGAAUCUUCACGGUACCGGCGGAACUAGCCAGAACCGUUUCCUCUACGUCUCACUGUACGCUUGGUCGUUCCCUGCCGUCAUUGUCGUCCCUGGCAUCGUCAUGGACCAGUUUGAUUACUUCAUAGACCCGUAUAACCCUGGUUACGGCGGCGGAGGAUCGGUGUGCUGGUUCUCCAACAAGAUGGCGCUCAUACUCUUCUUCCUCGUGCCAUGCGCCGCGCACCUUCUAGUCAAUUUCAUCUGCUACAUUUACACUGUUUACAACAUAGCGGUCGUCAGCAAACUUGCCAAGAAAGCAAAACAAUGUGAUAAGUGCAACCUUUUCCUCUAUUUCAAACUUUCUAUUAUAAUGGGUGGGACAUGGCUUCUUGCCUAUAUCUGGAUUAUCACCCGGAAUGAAGUAGUGGAGUACGCAUUUAUCAUAUUGAACGGUUUGCAAGGACUUUUCUUGUUCCUGACAUUCGUCUGCCGAACUCGCACAUGGCGCCAACUCAAGAGGCGGGAAAUAUUGACAACGACGUCAAAGUCAACACAGGAUACCAAUACUGGUAUGUCACUGAGAUAUAGGAAUGCUUCCUACAAGUUUAAACAUGACAGGCCGAAAACAUAUAACUCAGCUGCUUCAGAGGGGGAAAGACAGACUUUCAUUAAAUUAAAUUGACCAAUAUAUGUUUUGUACAUGUUUCUCAAGGAUUGAAUUCCAAACAGUGUUUGUACUGCAUGGCGUGAUCGCAUCACGCCGCGUUAUAACUACUUUUGCAAAGGUCCCGUUUUCAUAGUCCGCUGAAAUAAGACCGCGGAAAUAAGACUGGAUGCAUUACUUCUAUCCAAGGUACACCGGACUAUCAACUUAAGCACAGCCAUGGUGUGUUCUCGUAUAUUUGAUAUUUUCUAACACUAUCUAUUUUCACAAUUUACGCCUUGUCGAAAAGGACCGUGUUUGACCUUGAAAGCAAGACUUGUUUGCUUUUUUAUAUGCGACGUUAGAUUGCUGAUGCAUUUUGAUAAAGAAUAUUGACCGAAACCAAUCCGUCAUAAGAUACAACAAUCUGCGUCUGAGUACUAGUUGAUAAUUUUAAAGUUCAUAUACAUUGUAUGUAGCGAAUAAUUAAUUACUCAAGUAUAAAUUUAUAUGUAAA